AUGCUCGAUGAGAACUUGUCAUGUUUGUUAGACGAGAGCGAUGACGAAUGUGCCAGAAAAAAUGAAGUCAAGAGAAGGAAGCAAGAGCUGCGUCAGAAGGGCAGCAGUGCGACCACUGAGAGUGGUGGACAGUUCUUCCCCACGUCUGUCCUAAACUUUAACAUUCGCAACAUAAGGAAUUUGAAUAAUUUUUUUAAAAAUGCCAAUGCCGAACUCGCCAUUGGUGCACAUUAUAAGGCUGCGAUCCAGGGUACCGCUUCGCACACGUCGACUUCGCUGCCGCCAAGUGGAGAAGCCAACCAAAACGGAAACGCGCCAAACAGGAAAGAUGAACAGCUGAGGAAAAAUUCGAACAGUAAGACUUCUCUCAGUGGGAAAAAUGGAACAAUCGCAGCAGCGGACGCCGCCAAACUGGUCCACAACGAUGCAAGCAAUGAGCGAAAUGGAAGGUACGCUAUCCACUCCUUAAAUUACUUGCCAUCCCUAGAAAUUGAGAAGCAAGAAAUUGCGAAAAGGAAAAAUCUGGAGGCUUCUUCUUCCCAGGGCAGCAAAUGUAGGAAGGUAACCGAGGGGAACCCUCGUGUGGUGGAAAAUGCGAUCGAGAGGAAUGCUGUCCGUUUGAGGGAAAAGGCAUGCCUGCGCGAAGGGGAGGCGGUCAAACCGAUCGCUCCCUCGACCAAAGUGUGCGGAAAGAAGAGGUCCCCAGAAACAAACCUGUACAGUGAAGUGUUCAAAGCAGGGGAAGCGCGAAAGGAAUAUGCGGCAGAGGGAAAAGUGGCAGUGACCAAAAGUGCUGCAAAAAAAAAUGAAGAGGGAAUACUAAAGAAGCGUAACGCAAGGGUAGAAGGGACAGACCGUGCGAGUGCAUCGAUGCACGGAGAAAAGGAAGUCAACUGGUCCAAUGGAAGAAGCCCCAAUCGGGUGGUACGCUUUGUCACCAAUGAGGAUGGAAAGGACUUACCACCUCGGAUGAACAGUAAGGAGGCAACCAAGGGAAUCCAAAUUGCGAACAAGGCGAAAUGGUAUAGUAGUAGAAACUCCAAUACAGCGCCAGCGAUGGAAUCAAAUUCAACCACAUCAACUUCCUUGUUAAGUGGCGCUUCUAAGUUGAAUUCGAUAAGAUACACCUCGCAGCCAUCGGACAGAAGCAUAGAAGCAGAUCCGCUUGCUCAACAAAACAGAAUCGAAAAAAGGAAAGAGUUAAUUUUUUGCUUUUCAUUUAUAAAGUACAAUUCUUGGGUGAAGGCCCUGAAAAUCCUGAACCUGCCGUUGGAUCCCUUCCACCUGAGUAUAAACGCGCAUAGGUAUGUAACAGACGGGGGGGAGGAGCCGCCGGGGAAGCAGAAGUCAGGCCAGGAGCAGAGCGAGGACCGACAUAAGAAUCAGCAUCAGGACCAAAUGGCGUCCGCGCCUAGCCCGGACUCGCACGAACCAGGCGCAGCGGUAAGCGGCCCAAGUAGCGCCACACUGCGCAAUGGAUUAGGCAAUGGACUAAGAAAUGGACUAAGUAAUAGACUAAGCAAUAGACUGCUCAACAGGGCUGGCGGAACGGAUAGCGGCGCACCCUCCUUCCUGUACACCCACAACAUCCACAACAUUUUACGAAACAAACGAUUCGCAAACUACAGAAUCGAGAAAAUGAUGGUGAUCGUAAAGAGCAUUCGAUGCAGAAGUCACGGCUACUUCAUAGUGGCCAUGGACCCUUCUGGACAGAUGCCAGCCUCUAUACAUAAGGAGGUCCAAAAGGAAUACAAAAAACACAUAAACAUUGGUUCCACUCUAAUUCUAAAAGACGUCACAGUGUUCGAAACGAUGGAUAACUUCCCCUACCUGAUAAUAACGCUUCGAAGCCUUGUACGGGUCAUCAAGGCGGAGGAGACGAGUUACGCUGUGAAGGAUGACAUCCUCAAGAGAAUUCACGGGGGAACGCGGCUCAAGGCGUGA